UAAGCCAGACAAUAACUGGGCCGACCUUGACGCGCAACAUCAACUCCGUUACUGAGGAUUAUAGCGCGCGAAACUUGGGAGACCUGUAGCCAUGACAGACCUGGAUUGCGGAUGGUGUCUCUUGUGUGGCACUUGUAUGUCGGGAUGCGCUCUCCUGGGGUCAUGCAUGGCCAUAGCAUUCGGAUGUCCAACCAAGGUGAAGCCUGACAAGGAAUACUUUGCGCGAACGUGUCCGGUAUGCGAUGAUGCUGCUGUGUUUCCCGCAGAAUCCCACCACGAGAUGAAGUGUUUCUUCUUGCCUGUCGCCUCGCUCCGGUCGAAAAGAAUUUGGGUGUGCGAGACGUGCGACUGGCAGGCACGAAUGAAAGAGAACGAAGCGGGCCUAGACACAGCCGUGCAAUACCCAGAGGCGGUCGCCAGGCCGUCGAGAACGACGCACCAGCCUUCUCGUUCAAGAGUUAUGAGCGCACCUCCAAACACAACCGGCAGGUCAUCUACGCACCAGCCCUCUCGAUCAAGAGAGACGAACGCGCCCCCGAACCCAGCAGGGAGACCGUCGACGCACCAGCCUUCACGGUCACGAGACACGAACGCGCCAUCGCACGCGGAUCCUCGACGGUCGCAACAUCAGGCGUCUGCAUUGCAGGAGAGGGACCUGCCGAAUCCAUACGAGAUGAGCGCGCUACCUAGUAAUAAGUAGUCUGUUGCUCACUGGCAGCCGCAAGGCACUGCUGCGAGGAUCUAUUACAGGACAUCUGCUCACUUUGCUACCACUGCUUUGACUAUACAUCUGUUUCGAAGUUAC